UUAGCCUAGAAGACCUAAGUCCGACCGAGAGUUCAAUUAGUUCGACAUAAUUCGGCCAAUCGGACGUGCUUCUUAGGUUGCGGGUCUUGACUCUCGAGUGCGUUUGGUGAUCAAAAUUAGUUGGCCUUUGUGGUGUAACAAUCGUGUGGCACUAUCAGCUUGCGACCAACACCUGCAAUUUAGCCAGAUAAUUGCAAUUACCCAGAUAAUCGUUAUCAGCGCACUCCUAACGAGUCUUGCAUCGAUAACAGGGCACAACAACGGAAUAGGGGUAGUAGCAGUCAGAGUGUGGAAUCGUUUCAAGUUGGUUGAAAUCCUGCGUCGUAUAAGCUUUUUUUGAACAACCACUAUUGAACCCCUGCUUGACCUCCGCACGUGAUUGAGGCACACUAAAGCGGGGAAGGAUUCUGGCGAACUGAUGCAGCAACAAGCAGCGUUUUCAUUCUUCUCAGUACAUCUCCACCUCUUGGUUGACGACCAGCCGGUUAGAGAUGGGAACGGACACAGCGAUCGCUAUUGAUAUUCAGAAUGACGGCGCGAGGCAAAGUACGUGUUUGAGUUUCCGGCAGAUUGCGUACCAAGUGAAAGGAUGCGAUGGGAAGACCAAGUGUCUGCUGCAGGAUGUGUCCGGGAGCUUUCGCUCCGGGAGGUUAACCGCCAUUCUAGGACCUUCAGGUGCGGGAAAGUCCACCCUAUUGAACAUCCUCAGUGGAUUCAAAACCAAAAAGGUGACGGGAGAAAUCCUCAUUAACGGCGCCCCCAUUGAGCCACGGAAAUACCGACGGGAGGUCACCUACACCACCCAGGAUGUCAGCAUGUUGGGGAACAUCACCGUGAUGGAAAGUUUGGAGUUCGCAAGCGAACUCAAGCUUCCGAAAACGGUUUCCAGGAUGGUGAAAACAAAAACCGUCAAUGACAUCAUCAAGCUGCUCGGGCUGCAGAAAUGUGCCCACAAUCACGUGGAAACCAUAUCGGGAGGGGAGAAGAAACGUCUCUCCAUCGGGCUGGAGUUGGUCUCCAAUCCGAAGAUUCUGUUUUUCGACGAACCGACCAGUGGGUUGGAUAUAAUCGCCGCAAUGCAGAUGAUCACACACCUCAAGGAGUUGGCGCUCAGUGGACGGUGUGUGAUUUGUGUGAUCCAUCAGCCGAGCUCCAGUAUUCUGCAAAUGUAUGACGAUUUGAUGGUGCUUUCCGAAGGGAGAUGCAUUUACAGAGGGCCGCUGGAAGAGCUGGUGUCCACGUUCAAGGCCAGUGGGUUCGAGUGCCCCAACUAUUACAAUCGGGCGGAUUUUGCUUUGGAGGUGGCGAGUUUGAAGCAUGAAGGGAAUGUUUUGAAGCUGAUAGCGAAAGUGAAAGAGGAUCAACAUUCGAUCGAGAAGGAAGUGAAUGAGAGUAUUGGUUGUGGCGAGGGUGAUGCAAUGCUGAAGCGAACUGAGUGUGACAAUGUGAAGAGAACGGACGCUCCAGAUCGACAAUAUCCGGUAUCUCAGUGGAGUCAGUUUAUGACGCUUACGAAGAGGACAACUUUGUGCACAUUUAGGGAUAUGCAAUUGAUGAAAAUGAGAGUAUUAGCGCAUGUUUUCGUGGGGUUGCUGAUUGGGGUGGUGUUCUGGGACGUUGGCAACGAUGGAUCAAAGGUACUGAGUAACGCUUCCUGUUUGUUCUUUUUCUUAAUUUUUAUAUUCUUCUCCAACUCCAUGCCGCUGGUGAUGACUUUUCCACUGGAAACAGCUGUGUUCAUAAGGGAACGGAUGAACAAUUGGUACUCACUUACCGCUUACUUUUUCUCCAAACUCGUGGCUGAUUUCCCAUUCCUGAUCUUAGGGCCAACGCUUUUCCUCGCCAGUUCCUACUACAUGACCGCUCAACCGAUGGAGAUGGAGCGCAUGGUAAUGCUGUGGGGCAUUUGCAUUCUCACAGCAUGGAUUGCUCAACUGACGGGGCUCCUUGCCGGCAGCUCGAUGCCACUGGAGUUGAGCGUAUUCUGCGUGCCAUGCUCCGUGAUACCGAUGCUGAUCUUCUGUGGCUUCUUCGUGCGCUUCCGGGAGAUGUUCGAUUUCCUCAUCCCGUUCACGUACAUCGGUUACUUCCGGUACAGCUUCGAGGGUGCGAUGCAGGCGAUUUACGGGUUCGGUCGGGAAAACAUUCCAUGCGAGAAGUUUUGCUUCUUUGGGAAGGUUUCGAAAUUUCUCGAAAGCUUCGACAUGGUGGACAAUACCUUUACGAUGGACGUGUGCAGUUUGCUGGUGUGGAUCCUGGUGCUGCAUGUGGCUCUGUUUGCGAGUUUGGCGUUCCGGUUGAAGAGAAACCACAUAACUUUGAACAUGUUUCAAGAACGAAAUUCAGAGGAAUUUCCAUUUGGAGAUAAACAAGUUAUAUACAAGCGAGUAGCUAGUAGUCGGGGCCCGAGCUCGGCACGUGUGACACUCGAACGCUACAGCAUGAAUCAAGUAGACCCAACUGAGGUGGUGAUCCCCCUCAUUGAGUCGUCCACAACCGUUCUCGCCUUCAAGAAUCUCAACUAUUGCAUCAAUCAAAAGUGCCUACUGAAGAACAUAUCCGGGGCGUUUCGAUCCGGUCGACUAACGGCCAUCAUUGGACCUUCGGGGGCAGGAAAAUCCACUCUGUUGAAUAUCCUCAGUGGAUUCAGAGUAAACGGCUUCAAAGGACAGAUUUUGAUAAACAACGAAAGUAUCGAUCGCCAGCGCUACCGCAAAUUGGUGGCUUAUAAUGCACAGCAUGUGACACUACUGCCCAACAUUACCGUCCAGGAAACCCUUAGCUAUGCUGCCGAUCUCAAAAUGCCAUCCACCAACAUGUCAAAAAUCAAAUUGGUUAACGAAAUAAUAACCUUACUUGGGCUGGAGAAAUGCGCCCACAAUCAAGCGAAAGUUCUGUCCGGUGGCGAAAAGAAGCGACUGUCGAUCGGAGAGGAGCUGGUCUCAAAUCCCCGAAUAAUGUUUUUCGAUGAACCGACAAGUGGAUUGGACAGCGAGUCCUCGUAUCAGGUGCUCUCGUACAUGAAUGAAUUGGCACGCCAGGGAAGGUGUGUGGUGAGCGUUAUUCAUCAGCCAAGCUCGGAUCUGCUGGAAUUAUUCGACGAUAUCUUCGUGGUAGCAGAUGGGCGUUGCCUGUAUAGGGGUUCGUUGAAUGAUUUAAUUCCGACCUUUGCCAGGGUAGGACUGAUUUGUCCGCAGUAUUAUAAUCCAGCCGAUUUCGCUAUGAAAGUAUUGUCCAAAUCAAACUCCGAGACGGAGAAGAUAAAGCAACUUUUGGAACAAAUGGAAACAGUGUCGGACGUGGAACCAAGCGAUCCUGGGCUCCAAUCACCCGGGAAGUCACUCGCCACAACGCAAUAUCCAAUUUCCCAGUGGCGUCAGUUCACGAUCCUAACCCGCCGAACUGCCCUUGGAACGGUGCGUAACUUCACCUUGACGGUGCUACGAUUCGUCGGUCACAUUCUGUUCGGUCUGAUCGUGGGAUCCGUAUACUACAACAUUGGAGACGAUGGCGCAAAGGUACUUUCGAACAUCGCCUUCAUCAUGUUGAUCCUGUUGUUUAUUGUGUUUUCGAACGCGAUGACCGUGGUGCUCACCUUUCCGCUGGAGAUGUCAGUUUUCAUUCGCGAGUACCGCAGCAACUGCUACUCGGUCACAGCCUAUUUCUUCUCGAAGGUGGUGGCAGAUUUCCCGCUGAUGAUUGGGGGCAUCACUUGCUUCCAGCUCGUUGCCUAUUACACGACCGGCCAGGCGAACGAAACCAACCGGAUAGUGAUGUUCUGGUCGAUGUGCGCACUGAUGGGAUGGUUUGCCCAGGUCUACGGAAUGCUCGGAGGGAGUAUAUUCCCCAUCGAUAUCAGUCCGUUUGUGGUACCGACGAUGCUCAUUCCGGCCGUGCUGUUUUGUGGAUUUUUCAUCCGCUACAAUGAGCUGGCGGAUGCCUUCAAGCCACUUACGUACAUUUCACCGUUCCGGUUUACCUUCGAAGGGAUUGCGAUGGCGCUGUAUGGGUACCGACGGAAAGAUCUGGGCUGUAGUGAGAUGUUUUGCUACUACCGGAAGGCUACGAAAGUGCUUGAUAUGUUGGAUAUGGUGAACGCUGAUUUCUGGUUCGAUGUUGGUGGGAUCUCGCUGAUUAUCUGUGCUCUGCAUGUGGCGCUAUACAUUAGUUUAUGUUUUAAGCUACGGUAAUCGAUGAUGUGUGAUAUGUUCUUCUAGUUGUGUGAAUCGGGUAUUCAAUUGGAUCACUUCAAAAUCAAUUUAGCCUGACAUCCACUGUGAUCACAAGUUAGAUAAUAAAAGGAAGUGGAUUUAGUUUUGUUUCAAUCAGCAACUGAGCAACUAUUGAUAA